GCAACAAUGAGGAAAUCACUUGGGACCAGUUGGAUUUUACUUCUUCUGCUCCUGCUCCAAAUGGAACCCUCUCUUUCCAAGAAGAAGCCUAAACCUGGGGGUGGCUGGAAUACCGGGGGCCAGCGCCCACCUGGUUACCCCCAGCAACAUCCUCCAAACAGACCUAACUAUCCACAAGGCGGUUACCCUCAACCUUAUCCUGGGCAUGGAGGAGGCUACGGAGGAGGCUAUGGAGGUGGUUACGGAGGUGGCUAUGGAGGCAGCCAAUAUGGCAAGCCCUGGAAGCCCAAACCACCCAAGCCCAAGAUGAAGCACAUGGCAGGAGCAGCUGUGGCCGGAGUUGCGGCAGGUGCACUGGGCGGUUACCUCUUAGGCCGUGCCAUGUCCAACGUGCCGUUUAUGUUUAGCAAUCCUUCUGAGCAGCAGUGGUGGUAUCAAAACCGUGACCGCUACUCCGAUCAAGUUUACUACCCAAAGUACGACCAACCAGUUUCAAGGGACAUCUUCGUGAGAGACUGCACGAAUGUCACCGUGACUGAGUACACGGAGCCCAGUGGGAACAAGACAGCAGAUGAGGUGGAGAGAAAGGUGGUGACCCAGGUGGUACACCAGAUGUGCACGGAGCAGUACAGGUUGAUGUCAGGGGUCGCUUCGCUGCUUGCCAAUCCUUCCGUGCUUGUAAUGGUCACCCUGAUCUUAUGUUUCCUGAUACACUGAGUUGUUUUCCUGAAGGUUCUCUCUUGUUGAGCUAGCAGUGUGGAGAAGGGACCUCUAUAAAAAAAAGUAUACACCUGCUGGGAGAAUACAUUCCUGUAUGUGCAAUUUUUAAUGGGUGUGUAUAAGAAUUGUUCUAUCUCCUACGUAUUUUUGAACAUACUGGCUUCUUCUGAGCACACCAUGGUCCCUUCAUAACCACCUGUGAUUCUGUCUUUAGCUGCAAAACAUUUUUGGGUGGGGAAAGGAGGGACAUAAGAUCACUUUAUAACAAAACCCACCCUGCUAGAAAUCUCACUCCAUUCUCAAAUAUUGACCAUUCAGCCUGCGCUUGCACACAAUAUAGUAGCAUACAUAAGAACGGGCAAGUAAUUUUUGGCCAGCUGCCACUCCAUUGCACCUUGCUAGAAAACUUUUUUAUU